AUAUACCAUUAAGACAAUGAUUAUAGAUCACUUGUAUGAAGGUAUUCUUCUAAAAUUGACGACACAGGGUAAAAUAAAAGAUAUAUCUAGUAAAUUACUAUCUUUGCAAAGCAAUGAUGAACGAGCACUGUAUGUUUACGAAUUGGUAAAGGAUUUAGAUUGCUUUCCUGCACUUAACAUAGUGAAAAAAUCAGACAAUGUGUCUACAUAUUACCGUAACCAAGGCAACAAAUGUUUCCAGUUACAUGAGAAUUUGAAAGCAUGGCAAUUCUAUAAUUUGGCUCUACUACAUGCUCCUUUUAAUUCUAGUAACUACUGCUAUGCAUUAUCAAAUAGAUCAAUUAUAUUAUUAGCUUUAAAAAAGUUUAAGGAAUGUUUAGUUGACAUAGAUAAAGUGCUCGCUCUGGAGUACCCUAAGGAAUUAUAUGAUAAAUUACUGAAAAGGAAAGAAAUGUGUAAAGAAGCCUUAUCUAAAAAUUAUAAUAAAAAUGAAGAAAGACCUGAUUUCAAUGAGUUUAUGGCUAUGAAAAGUACAAAAGAUCCUAGAUAUCUAUGUGCAAGUUCAAAGUUAGAGGUGCUGUUUACUGAACAGUUUGGUCGCCAGGUGAUUGCCAAAGAAGAUAUAAAUGUGGGUGAUGUAUUAGUUGAAGAAGAACCUUAUCUGGUAGUGCAGCUUAAAUCACAAUUCAUAUUAAGUUGCAGCUAUUGUCUUUCAAGAAAUUUAAACUUGUAUCCAUGUGAAAGUUGUUGCUAUGCUCUCUAUUGUAGCGCUGACUGUAAGGAUAAGGCUUUUAAAGAGUACCAUGCUGUAGAAUGUCAAUUAAUGGCAACAUUGUUUGCUAUGGACUUUACUAAACUGGAGUUACUAGCUCUGAGAACUGUAAUAAAGGCACGUAAUGACCAUAACAAUUGGCUGGAACUAUUUAAAACAAUUAGUGAUGCGGAAGUUAAUAUGAGCAAUGAGUUACGAGGCCAUGUGAAAUUAGAUGACAAAUGGAUAUUUGAUUCAAAACAUUAUGCUACAAUACACACUUUAGAGAGCAAUAUUGAUAAACGUUCGGUGUCUGAUAUAUUUCAGAAAUCUGUUACUGGUGCUGUAUUUUUAAAGUUUUUAAAAGAAGAUACGAAUUUUCUCCAAGUAGAUGAUAAAAAACUGUAUGAGACUGUAGUAAAGACUGUCGCAGGAAUGUUGCUCCUUCAUUUAAUGACAAGUCCUACUAAUAUGCAUGGAAUUACCUCAAGUAUGGAUACAAACGGUGUCUUUGUAAAAGAGGUGAAUCUGGCGAGUGCCCCUUAUGGCUAUCACAGCCUGUUGAACCAUUCUUGUGCUCCUAAUGUUGUGAGAUACAAUAAGUUAGGUUCCGGCAGGAUGUCCCUAAUAGCAUUACGUCCUAUCAAAAAAGGAAUGCAACUGUUUGACAACUAUGGAGCGCAUCACGCGUUGGAGCAGAGAGACGCUCGUCGGGCAAAUCUCAAGUUCCAAUACAAAUUCGACUGCAUUUGCGAAGCUUGCAUUAAUGACUGGCCUGCUUACUUGAGUAUGGGACCAUCUAUACAUGUUCCUGCAAAUUUGAAAAGUAUUAAAAAUUCUUUAAUAAGUAAAGGUGUUAUAGGUGAUUUAGAAAAAGGCAAUUCUCUUACUGCAAAAAAAGUUUUUAAAUCAUUAUGUAGUUUGUGCAAAAAUCUUGAGCCUUACGCACCCUGUGUGGAACUCUUAGAUUGUCAAGAGGCUUUGAAACAGUGCUUGGCUAUAUUCUCUGGUUUACUCUCUGAUGGUAAUGAAAUAUUGGUGCCAUGGACUGCUCUCCCUCCUAAAGAUUGAUUUAAAUAUUUUGAAUUUUUAAAAAGUCUUCCAUUAUCUAUGUCAUUUAUCUUUAUAAUCUGUACCAUUAAUGUAGAAAAAACUGCAUUAGAGAUUGUACAGAAAAAACUGUGUCCAAUAUUCAUACAUUGUUCGGCAUUAUAAUAUGCUAUUAUGUGUUAAAAGUAAAAAAAAACUACUAUUUAAAAAAAAUGUUUUUUUUACAAAGUGGUUUAACAUUUUAUUUUUAUAAAAUGACAACUCAGAUCUUAUAAUUAGCUUGAAUACGGUAAAAAAUGUUCUUUCUCUGUCGCUCUUUUAGUAUGUUCUAUGUUUCUCUCGCUUUUUUUAAAAUGCGCAAAUUUUUUUCUUAGUUAACUUGACAGUUUCAGUUUUGUCAUUUAUU